CGGAACGCUCUGCAGAAUCGAGGAGCUGGUUCAUGGAGUCGGCGUCUGGAGGCUGUCAGCAACAACGCGAACGUGUUGGAUGCAGCCUGACCUGCUGAGUACAGCAUUUUGUUUCUGUCUGGGGAUAUUGGAGGAAUAAUUUUGAUUUCACAAAAGCAAAAUGGCAACUCUGAGUUUAAAGUCAGCUCAGAGAUAUUCUGUUCCAGACUGGUUUGCCAAUAAUAACCAGAUCUCAACCAAUUCGGAAAGACAACGUUAUAUGUCCCAUCAGAUCCGGCAGGAAGGCAGGAGCCUGCGAAAUGAAACCAACAAUCAGACUAAAUGGGAUCAAGAAGAUAACAGCACCAGGCUCGCUGACCGUAUAGAUGAUGUGGAGCGAUGGAAAGAACUUUUGGAGAUUGCUCUUUGUGAUAUUAAGACUGAAAUAGAUGCUUUAACCAAAAGUAAGGAAGAAGCAGAACGUGCUUUAGAAGCCAAGAAUCUAAAUCUGGAUGUUGCCAUCGAGUCUCUAACUUUACGGGAAGGUCGGCAAGACAUUGAUCUUGUGACAGACCAAGUGCACGAGCAGCUUCUUAAGGAGGUUGAGGUGAUUGAUGGUUCAAAGAAAGCUCUUCAGCAGAAAAUCAGUGAAGCCUUUGAACAACUCUGUUUGUUGAUGGAAGCACGUCAGCAGCUGAUCUUUGACAUAAAGAAUAAAAAGGAAGCUUUGAAUGUUGAUGGAGUUGCCCUGUCUCUCAACAAUAAUUCCCCAAAUAUUUCGCUCAAGCCAAACCCAUUGCGCAUCCCUCCUGGUUCCACCACCGUUCAGCAAUGGGAUAUGUUCAGCCGUUACAACAAGGAUCGUGCAGAGACAGAGAUGAAAGCUUCAACUAAUCUUCGGGAAGCGAUUGCAGCCGCCAUUAAACAUACUGAUAAUGAAGUGGAGGCACAGCGAGUUGCCACAGACUUUACCUUCAGGAAGAGAAUUCAUGAGUUUGAACAGGCCCUUAAUGAAUUAAAGUGGCAAGAGAAGAAUAUCUUGGAGGAAAUUGCAGAUCUUGAAGAGGAAAUUCGACGCCUUGAAGCAGAUCUUCGAGCUAAGACUGCACCUUUGAAGGUGGCUCACACAAGACUUGAAACUCGUACCUACAGACCCAACAUUGAUCUCACCAGAGAUGAAGCACAGUAUGGGCUGAUAGAUGAGGUACACCAGUUGGAAGGGACCAUUGCUGCCCUCAAGCAGAAGCUUGCACAAUCUCAGGAUGCUUUGACUUCUCUCUACAAACAACUGGCACGAGUACAAGAAGACAUCAAUUUAAAGACCCAUUCACUCUGCCUUGAUAACAAGAGCAUGGAUGUAAGAAGAAAACUCACAACUCCACCUGAGAAAUAUGUGUCAAAGAUGGAUAGUUUCACCCGUACACCCAACCGGGAGCUUCCAGAAAUUAAAUGCAGACAACUUGAUUUAUUAUGAUGAUAUUGAAUCUAGUUCAAAAAGGAGAAUAUUUCCUUGUAAUCUAAUGAUGUAUCUGCUGCAAUGAUGAACAUGAAUUACACAUGCUAUAAUCACCCAAGGAAAUAAAUAAAAGUGCCUAA